UGCAAAUCCAAAAGAGAAUUCUUGUAGGAGUCUCUGUUUGAGGUAGAGUCUCUAAAAUAAUUCAAAAGCCUCUGUUCAGAAACAUUGGAGUGUGUAAGACGGAGUUCGUCAAUCAGACAAACCGACGUACAAAUCUCCGAUGAACGGAUUCGCUUCACAGAUCCCAUCCAUGGCGCUUCUCGGAUCCGGCUUCACCAGCGAGGUUGGGUUACGUGUACUGCUUUCACCACUUAGUUCCAACAUCGUACUUCGUACAGCAUGCUGUUCCAUUGGCAUAGGGUUGCCUGUGUAUUCCACUUUCAAGGCCAUUGAGAAUAGAGAUCAGAAUCAACAACAAAAAUGGCUUAUCUACUGGGCAGCUUUUGGUUCUUUCAGCCUUGUUGAAGUGUUCACAGACAAGCUCAUUUCUUGGUUUCCACUUUAUUAUCAUGCGAAGUUUGCGUUCCUCGUCUGGCUUCAACUUCCCACCAUUGAUGGAGCAAAACUAAUAUAUAACAACCAUCUUCGCCCUUUCCUGAUACGACACCAAGCUAGAGUGGAUCGACUUGUGGAUGGAGUCUAUGAGGAGAUGGUCAAGGUCGUUAGGUCGCACCAAGGAGAAAUACGGUUUGUGCGAUCAAUGAUCGCAAGCAUCUUCGGAUCAGCCAAUGAAGUUACACCACCAAGCCAACAAGGAGAGAUCUCAAACAGUAGUCCCGAACCAGAACUAUCAACGGCAAUAGUCCGAGAUUCAGAGUCUGAAUCCGAUCAUGAAGAGUAAUAAAAACAAACAAGAGUAGUCGUCAUAGCUUUGCAGCUUGUUACAACCUUAAGGCAAAUCACUAUUACAUCAUUAAAAAUGUCAAAACGAUUGUAUACGGUCACUUAAAUCUCAAACAAGUUUUUAUCCUUUG